CGGAAACGGAAACCCGGUGCAAUGCUAUCAACACAACUAUAUUUGCUACCGCCGAGAAAACUUGCAUCCUAAUGCCAUCAUUGCUCUAAGACUAAGGAUUUGCUUAAAUGUAAUUCAUUGUGACUACAGUAAUGAAUUUGCUGUGUGUUAGCUGCUAAGCUAACGUUAGCUUAACUUUGCUCCACCGUUAGCUUUGCUGUUGGUGCUGUUUUGUUGACGCCUAGCUGCACAGAGGGCUUCUCAGUUGAGUUAUCGUGAAAACUGUGUUUAAUCAAGCGGCAGCACUUGCUCCAUACUUGAGAUGAGUCGCUAUAGAAACCAAAACGAUUGCUAUCUAGCUUUAGCCAAACUGGCAACCAACUAAUAAAAAGAGAAUCUGAAGUUGUCAACCAGUGUAAGGUGUGAUCAUGGCUGACCCUGCGCGGAUCAAACCUGAGGCUUUAUCUGAGAGAAUAACUUCUUGUAAGGAGGAGCAUGAUAAAUCAGAUGAAACUGAGGAUGGACCUUCCACAUCGAAAGCUGCAGAUGAAAACAAAGACUCAUCUUCGCAAGAUCAGUCCAACCAGGAUGUUAAAUCUGAAAUGGCAGCUGGGGAAGAUGAGGAAGAAGGAACCUCUGGCGAACCUUCCUCCAAAAGACCGAAGGUGGAACCAGAGAAGAAAAAAAAGUGCCAAAAGGUUGAUGAGGAUGAAAUACAAAAGAUGCAAGUUUUAGUGUCAUCCUUUUCUGAAGAGCAGCUGAAUCGCUAUGAGAUGUACAGACGCUCUGCCUUCCCUAAGGCGGCUAUUAAGAGGCUGAUCCAGUCCAUAACAGGAUCAUCAGUGUCCCAGAAUGUGGUGAUUGCCAUGUCUGGUAUUUCCAAGGUUUUUGCUGGAGAAAUUGUUGAAGAAGCAUUGGACGUUUGUGAGAAGUGGGGAGAAACACCACCGCUUCAGCCCAAACACAUGAGAGAAGCCGUGAGGAGGCUAAAGACUCGAGAUCAGAUUCCCAACACCAAGUUCAAAAAAAUUACCUUCAACUGAAGCGUCUUUGCUUUCAAUGUAUGGGGAGCAUGCGUGCGAGUUAAAAAGGUUGUGCCAUAGCUUCUGAAAGACUUGUCAUAAAGCUGUAGGCAUACUGCAGCCAAAUAGACACUAAGCAUUUCUAGCUAUCCAGAGUUAAAACCAGUGACAGACAAUAGUGUUAAAGAACGGUCAAUACAAAUGACUUGUCACCUCUGAUUGUCAGGGUGAAUGCUUGACACAUCAUACAAAACAGUGCAACGAGUGUGACAUUAUAUUCAUGUUUAUGGUUGUUAAGUGUUUUUUAUACAGUUUGGUUUUUUGCCUCGUUAUUUUAAUAACUACGGAUCUUUGGAGAAAGGUUUUCUCGUGAGAAAGUUGUGUUUUGCCAACAGUGAAUUUCCUUAUAGUUUCACAAAUAAAUGUUUAGUUGAAACUUCAAAAAUGUGUAUUUUUCUUUUUAUAUCUAGAGGACACAUUUGGUAUUUAGCUUUUUUUAAUUGACAUUUGAAAAUAAAGGUUUUGUUAGUAGUUGACUUCCAUCAUUCAGUGAAUCUCAGAAUGUAUUUAGUUGGUCUCACAAUACUGAAAAAACAAUGCUUCCAGUUUUAUUUGGAAAUAUCUAAACUUCUUUUUAAGUUAUAGUCGAAACUAUAGAGAUAGUAAAAUCAUUGGAGUGAGAUUUUGAACGUACAAGUUGGUAAAUAUUUUAUGACGACGCAAAAGUGAAAACAGAUAUUCUUUACAUGGAAACAUGCGUGUUCUAAUAAAACUUAAAAGGCCCAAUUGAAAAGUGUUCAGAAAUUAAUCAUUUAUUCUUACACUUUCAAAAUAUUUUGCACAUACUAGCUUUGGUUCACAGAACCAAUCUUAUAUUAGUCUCAAUUAAGUGAUAAAGAAAAUACAAAAUUAAUGUAACUACACAACUGACAGAAAUACUGAUAUACAUCAAAACAAGUGCAAUUUCCAGUGAAUGUAUCACAAGUGCAAGUAACUCACAACGCAUAAACUAUGCAACAUCACCCCAGUACAUGCAUUUUCCCUCACUGGCAACAUUUUGCUUGGUUGAAGUGACUGCUUCACUUUUUGUCCUUCUCCUUUUUGCAUGGUUAUGAGCAGGUCAUAAGCGGAUGGAAUCAGAGCACCAGUUUGUCAGUAGAGGAGACUGGAUUAACCUUAAAGCUACACGUUACAUCCAGCCCGGGUUCAACUUCAUACCACUGUAUCUUUGUCUUCUAAGGCCAUGCAAAAACAAGAAAAAAAUCAAAAGUUGAGAAGAUCACAACUAAAGUUAUUCUGAGGAUAAACAGCAGUAUCUCUGCUUUCUAACACUGAUAGUUAAAAUGUGCUCAUGCAGUUUAAACCUGGCAGACAAUAAGUACAUCAUUUAUUUUCAAGUGAAGAAUGCCACAUAAAACAUGUGUAGUUUGUUUCUUGUCAUAUUUUUUUUUUGGUUGAACCAAAGCUGAAUUCCUAUUGCUUACAUAUUUUGCAUUCCUCUGUAAAAAUGCACAUCUGUCAUUCAUAGCUUGCAAGGCAACUCUGAUGUUUAAGAAAGGAAAGUGUUUUUAAUGGGGAAUGCUCAGGCCAGUUCAGCCACCAGGGGUCUCCCGAGCACACAGUGGGAAAUGAUGAAUGGUGAAAGAUGACUAACAGCUACGCAACCAUAAAAAAAAGAUAAUUAUAACUUCACAGGCAAAAUGCUAAACCACUGAUGUAACAAUAGAACACUUGAACAGAAACUGUAGCCGAGAGGUUUCUUUCAUGAAAGCAUUCGUACACUGAAUAUCGUACUGUGGAAGUCUUUUUGAUGAACACAUUCAUCAAGGUUUGAAUCCAUGCAUAUAACAGAUUUUAUGCAUAGAAAAGAAGUUAGAACAUUUGAUGACUGGCCUGAUACAAUCCUGCAGAUCAGGAUUAAAUUCCGAAAAAGAAUAUGUCCUGUAGUGAAUUUGGUCAUUCACAUAACGUAUACAUUAUUAGUACCAACAUUUUCUAUUCAAACUUAAAUUUUCUUAGAUUGAUAUGGCUUCAAUACACUGUAAAGUAACUCUGGUAUAACAAAAAAGCACUUGUUGAGAAAUCUCAAUAAAUAUAGACAUAUUAGUUCAUGACCACUACACUAUGACAAAUGUGCACAGAGGUGAAAACACUAGCAGUUGUUUCCUAGCAAGCUACAAAAUAAGUAGAUCAGUAUUAUAACUCUGGUAGUUGUAGUUAUAAUACAUAACCUAGUUAAACCAGAGUGUUGGAGUAAAAAGACUAACCCUGUUACAGUACUGGAGCUACUGUGCGCCCUGAGAGCUCAGAGGCUUCACAAUACAAAAGAAACUCAACUCAAAGAAAAAUAACACUGGGGAAUGGUUCAACCUGCUUAUUAAGGACAGUGAAACUUCAUAAGAGCGUUUACCAUGCCAUCUUGGUUAUAAAAAGCAACCGAGGUGGAAAGAGAUGCAUUUCUGAGUCAGUGAAAGCAGUUUAAACCUGCUUCCUUAAAAAAGAAAAAGUGCAUUGUUUUCCCUACCUAUCACAACACAUGUACAACAGCUGAUACUAUCGUCAUAAUAACAUAACAUCUAACAGAGGUAAUCUAAUUGACUAAGUCUAUUGAGUCUAUUGAGUCUAUGUGUAAAUGUGCUGUGUAAAUUAGCACGGUUCAAAAAGCAUGCUUGACAUUAAGCUGUGUUUUGUAAAUGGGAGCGACUCAUGGACUAGCAGCUGUCUGGCAGUGUCAGUGCAUGUGAAGAGGAGGAGGUUUUGGCAUGUGAUCAACUUAAUAUUU